AUGAAUACUGCAGACCUUAGCGAUGCUUACAACGACAUUCUACAGUAUGUGGAGCCGAAUUUAUUCCAAAAUUACGGAGGGAACGUCAAGUUUGGUGGCAUGAUUUCUACAGUGAAGUGCUACGAAGACAAUGUUCUUGUGAAACAAGCUUUAAGUGAGCAAGGAAACAAACGGGUGAGAGAAGUGGGUGGCUCAGUUACAAAUGAGUGCCAUUAAAUUUAAUUCUGUAGUUCUAACGGGGUCAUGUAGGGAUAUUAUGAUACGUGGUUUGUGUAUAUAAAAAUAAAUAAAUAAUAAUUAUUUAUUUCCUAUUUCCUGACCAUCUGAUGCCCUUAUUAUUUUUACAACGACGUUUACACAGGGGCACCCAACGAGAAUAUAGUUUGAAACCACUUAAACAUAGCACUGUUAAACGUAUUUUAGUAUUUAAACAGUAGAUAUAGGCAUAUUCCUAUCCCCUACAAAUUUCUCACCUAUUCGGAUUUCCUAGCUGAAAGUCUAAUGAUCCGAAAAUUAUAGGGAUCAAAACUUACCUUUUCGAAAAUUUCAGCCAGAAAAAAGGCUCCCGAAAAUUCUAACUGACCUUUUUACAGGAAAAAUCCAAUAAAAAUGGACAAUUACUGUAAAAUUCAGAAAAUAAGCCCCUCAUGUAUAAGCCCCUCCAAAUAUAAGCCCCCCAAAAUCGUGACGCAAAAAUCCCUGCGUUAAAUCGCCCCUCCGAAUAUACCCCCCCCCGAGAGGCUUGUACUUGGAAUUUGCCCUCAAAUACAAAGCAAAACGAAGAAAAAAUUGUAAAUUUCCUUCCCUCUACUAGCUAGCCCAAUCAAUAAGCCUCUCCAAAUAUAAGCCCCUCCAAAAAUAAGCCCCUCAAAAAGGGCCUUUGAAAAAUAUAAGCUCUUGGGCUUAAUUGUUUUCAGAAUUUUAGAGUAUACCAUUUUGAAAAUUCUAGAAGAGACAUGCAGGCAAGCAACAAAUUUUACAAAAUAUGUUCCGAAAAUUCUAGAUCUCAAAUCGUCUUCCUAACAGAUAUUUUCCGAAAAUUGACAUUGAGUGCCCCUAGUUUACAAAUCCCCCACACCCAAGAACAAGAGAUUUCUUUGCAAAGAGCUACCAUUGCCCCUCUCCUUGGGGGAACAGUUAAAAAGUUCAAUGGUCUUUUUCUAUAGAGUUGUGAUUUAAAGGUUUCAUAAAAAGUAACCAAGUAAAAUGCACCUUAGACUGCAAAACAGUCCGUAUUUUUGCGUAUUCAAGUACGCGCAAGCAGUCAAACAAAAGUUCUGGAACGAGGCUGAAAACAGAGAGCGAGACUGGGGACUGGAGACGGGCGUGUGAGGCUCGCGCGCUUCGCAGACGCAAGACUCUUACGCCACGCUUUACCGACUUCUUUACUGAUUUUGAGAAAAAAACCGACUGUUUUGCAGUCUAAAUGCACCUGUAUACUGCAUGUGAUAUUAAAAGUUUAGGUAACUUUGCUAAGUCAUUGUAUUGGAAAGGAAAAGUAUUCUUCAUGUAGGAUUCGUUGUAUAUUUUGCUUUUUUGAUGGCUAGGGGCAUUGCAUGUCCUGUGGGUCUUUCCCUGGAGAUCCUACAACAAGAGUGCAAAAGCGAUCCACUCUCCCUGUCCCAGACUAAAGAUUUGCAGCAAAUGUCAUCAAUUCGUGCUUGUUUCCCUGGGAUCGACCCGCUGGGGUGGCCACUGAAAAAUGCGUAAUAAACAUUCAGAGGUCUCCAAAAGUUUUUCCGAGUACAGUAUUUGCCUAGGAUUCAGGGUUUCAAAACAAAAUGGGGGCAAGAUUCAAGGUUAAUAAUAAUAGUAAUAAUAAUUCUUAAAUUAUCCUCUAGCUCUCCCCUCGUGAAGCUUUUCAGGGAAAGUGAAGCAAACAAUUUAAAUGGAAUAUAACAUGGUUAAGAAUCCCAACUGUUUGGAGGCAAAGCAGUUGACUAUUUUACAAGACAGUGUGGCCGAGGAGUUGAACUCUGACUACUGAGAACAAGGGGGCCUCUGAAAAAUAAGUGCAACGCCCUAACUGCUUGGCCACGCCGCCUCCUUUCAAGUAUGCACCAGAUCGGGAUUAGGGGAUGGAGCAAAAAUUUGGGUCAGAAUGAUGGGAUUGAAGUAUCGGCAUUAUUUUGGACCCUGUAUGUACAUACAUUAACCUUGAAUGUGGCUUAUUUAUGCACAAGAAGAAGGAAAUUCUGCAAAUCCAUACCUGGGAAUAUGGGUUAUUAGAUUAGGACUGCCUUCUAAAUGAAGCUACAGUGAUUCCAUAGUGCAUAGGCCCUUUUUUGUGUGUCACGCUCACUUUGGUCUCUGCCCUGUAUCAUUGGUAUAGAGCUGACCUAUUUAUUGUCCACAACAACAGCAACAACAGCAACAACAAUUUAUUGUACCCACAGCAAGAUAGUAAAGUUAUUUUACAAGUUAUUAGAUUAAUUAAUUAAAUAAAAGGGGUACUGACUUCCUGAAAUAACUAAAAGGUUAAAAAGGUCUAGAAGCCAGGUUCAGUUAGAUGAUAAGUUUAUGGCAGAGGUACAGCAUGGCAACAUAUAUGAUAACAGGGACUAGGUAAGGCGAGUGGCUCAUCACAGGCUCCAAACACCAAGAAACAGAUGAAAGCAUGAGGCCUGAAGCCAAUUGCUUUCUUCUGUUUCAAGGUGUUUGGAACCCAUGAUGAAGCAUGAAGCAUGAGGUUUUGACAUGAAACAAUAAGAAAUUAUGCAGAGACAUUUAUCUGGUAUUGCAUUGUUUCCAUGAGUUGUGUUAAUCAAUAAAACACCUCACUGAAAUGCAAGUGUUUGAUCUCAGAUGAAAAACAUGUAUCAUCUCAGAUCAAAUACCGGUGGUAUUUUUUAUCUGGUGUUUCAGUACGUAUCAAGAUUCAUCCAUGUGACCCAAAUGGUCGUCUUUUAUUGGCUUUUGACUGCAUGAAUGAUUAAUAAGUUUCAGUGGCAGGGGGAUCCAGACCUUCAGAUAAGGGAGAGGGGGGAUGGUCAUCCAGACCCUGAGAUAAGGGGGGAGGGUGGUCUCCAAAAAAAAAUUUUUUGGAGACGAGUCCCGGUCUAAAAAUAAAUGGGGCGGGGACAGGCCCCUUCCCUGGAUCUGUCACUGAGUUAAUUACAACUGUAGUUCUCAUUUUCCGUGUUUCAUUUCCUUUUCAGGUCCUUGUUGUAGAUGCAGGAGGUUCAUUGAGAUGUGGCAUGUUAGGUGACAACCUUGCCGCAAUGGCUGUCAAAAACAACUGGGCGGGAGUGUUGAUGUAUGGCUGUAUACGGGACUCCGAAGAAAUUGGACAAAUGAAGUUGGGUGUUAGAGCUUUGGGAACAAUGCCUUUGAAGUCCAUAAAGAAAGGCCAAGGGGAAAGAGACAUUACAGUGCGCUUUGCCGGAGUGAACUUUACACCCGGACACUAUGUUUACUCAGAUCUUGAUGGUAUUAUUGUAUCACCUAAAGAACUUACCCUUCCUCCUCCAAAGUUGUGAUUUCUAAUGAAGGACAAUGAUUUUUCUAGGAAUAAUUAACUAAGCUAAAAAUGAUUUAACCGUUUGACUCUCGCUCUAGUGAGAUAAUUUGUUCCUGACUCUGAAUUUUUACGCUGUGGAAAAAAUUGUGAGGUGUUGCCCUUCAAAUAGAUGCCCCUCAUCUUCUUAAGUAAUCAUCUCUUUUCUGAAAGAAGACACCCCCUCCCUACACUGUGAAGUUUGUAUCAGCCUCCUUUAACAAAUGACCCCUGUCUUAUAGAUGCUAGCCUGUCGGGAGGGGAAGGGG